AUGAUCUCAACGCAUGUGAUGAGCGCCAGGAGCAUGGUUGGCGUUGUGGUCGCCGUACCAACCAUUUUCGCCCUCAAGCACGCGUGGGAAGUGUACAAUCAGAUCCGUGUCGUCGACAGACGUCGAAUACAUAGCGACAACGGCAUCUCUGAUGCAUAUUGCCAAUCUUCAACCAUUAAAGACAUCGUCAACCCGAGAAACCAUGUCUCGACAUCCGAUUCACGAUACGUGGACUUGACCUUACCGAAGAACGCAAGUAAAGUAACAGACGAACGGAUCUUGGCGGCCUUCACGCAUGGCUUCUUCGGUGGUAAAGUCUUUGCGCCGGAGAGGAUAGUGCUGGCAGCCAUCGGGCGGGAUUUCACUGGUUUCGAAGGCGUGGGAACAAAUUCCGAACUUCGAAGAGUCUGGACAGUUUCGGGAGUUUCUUCCCUAAAGCUUCCUACAUUGCAUUCGUUGUUGUUUGGCGCGUUUCAAGUCUGCAACAUCGAGCUUCAAUACGAGGAUAAGGACGCUGGGGACGGUCCCAGUACGAGGAGCAGCAUCGACUUCGCCUACGGCAGCGACCAAGGCCGAUUUGCAGGCGCUCAUAGGUUUAGUGUUAUACGAAACUCGAAUCGAUCGGACGAAAUUCGGGUGGUAUUCGAGAGCUUGUCAUGCAAUCCUACUGUGAACAAGCCCUUUGCCCCCGAAUUUGCACUUGUCUUUCACCGGGUUUACGCUAUGCUCUUGUUCCAAGACAGCUUUGCGAGCCUUGUGCGGGACUUGAACGGGUAUAAGGCCCCGAAUUAA